AUGUCGGACGACGAACGCCUGGCCUCGGGCGCAGGAGCCGAUGACGAGCUUUCGCUGCCCAAAGCCACUGUGCAAAAACUUAUCAGCGAGAUGCUGCCCAAGGACGUGUCAUGCUCGAAAGACACGCGCGAUCUGCUCAUCGAGUGCUGCGUCGAGUUCAUCCAUCUGCUCUCAUCCGAGUCCAACGAGGUCUGCGAGCGAGACUCAAAGAAAACCAUCGCGCCGGAACACGUCCUCAAAGCACUCGACGAUCUAGGCUUCCCCAGCUUCAUCGAAGAGGCGAAAGGCGUGCUCUCGGAACACAAAGCCGCGCAAAAGGAUCGUGAACGAAAGACGUCGAGGAUGGAACAGAGCGGGUUGAGCGAGGAAGAGCUACAGCGCCAACAGGAGCUGCUCUUCGCUGCCAGCAAGGCGCGGUUCGAAGCGUCGAAUUGA